GAUUAUUAAUCAAUAAAUUUUGUCCAACAAAAAACAAACAAAGAACAAAUAGUAUCAAUCAAUAAUUUCUUUUUCUUUGUAACUUCCACUUUCAAAGAAUUAUUAUUUAUUAUUACAUGGUGAUGAAAUUGAGGGGAACAUACUCAAUUUCUUCUUCAUCUUAUUAUUAUUACUAUUUUUAUUUCAUUUUAUGCAUUCAUUCAUAUUCAUAUUUGUAUUGGUUUCUUCAACCACGAUCCAUCAAGAUCUAACCACUACUUUCUUAAUCUUCUCUUCCAUUUCAACACGUUCAUUUUUAGGGUUCAAUUCCUCCUUCAAAUGUUGCAUUCCACAUGCUAAACAAUUUAGGGUUCUACAAUGGUUUUUGCCCCAAUUCGCUGAACCAUUGUGGGGUUGGUUAAUUUCUCUUUCCCUUUAUGCAACUUCCAAAAAAAUCUCAUUUUUCGUUGACCCAAGUCGUUGAAAGUUGAAACUGAUAUUUUGGGUUUUGUAUAGAUUUUCUGAAGAAACUGUUGUAGAAUAUAUUGUGUAUUGUUUUUUUUUGUUGUUGUUGUUGUUAUUGGAUUUUGUUUUUGAAGAUGAAGAGAUUGAAAAAUGAAUCUCCUAAUUCUAGGAAGUUUAGGUUAUCUCAUUUUUUGCUUGGUGUUGGGGUUUUGUACUUGCUGUUUCUAUCAUGUAAUUUUACAAACUUUCUGAAAAUUGUAUCAACUUUAAGUGGUGAUGAUGAGAGUGAGAACAAUAGGUUAGAUGGGAAUACGGUAGCUAUUGGGGUAUCUGAGGAUGCAGAUUUGACAAAACCUUUUGUUAGUUCUGUAUAUAAAGAUGCAUUUCAUAGGAAGUUGGAGGAUAAUAGGGAUUUGGAUGCUCCGUUGAGGCCGAAAGAGGAACCGAAGAAGGAGGAAGAUAAUGGUCUUGAAUCUAUGACACAUAUUCUGCAGGGAUAUGGUAGGAUUACUGGAGAAAUCAUGCUGCAAAUGAAUAGGACAAGUGAUUUGUCUGUGCUUGAGAAAAUGGCUGAUGAGGCAUGGACAUUGGGGUUGAAGGCAUGGAAAGAAAUAGAAAUGGUUGAUGUCAAGGAGUUUGGAGAAAGCUCGGUUGUUGAAGGAGGAAAGGCUGAGUCUUGUCCUUCUUGGAUAUCGAUGAGUGGGGAAGAGUUGUUGAAAGGGGAUGGAUUGAUGUUUCUUCCAUGUGGGCUUGCAGCAGGUUCGUCGAUCACUGUGGUGGGGACACCUCAUUAUUCUCAUAAGGAGUAUUCUCCCCAGCUUGCAAAGUUGAAGAAUGGUGACGGAUUGGUUUCGGUUUCGCAGUUCAUGUUUGAAUUGCAAGGGCUGAAGUCGGCGGAAGGGGAAGACCCUCCAAAGAUUCUUCACUUGAAUCCUCGGCUAAAAGGGGAUUGGAGCAAACGUCCAGUUAUUGAGCAUAAUACAUGUUAUCGAAUGCACUGGGGAACAGCUCAAAGAUGUGAUGGUCGACCAUCUGAAGAUGAUGACGGAAUGCUUGUUGAUGGGUAUAGAAAGUGUGAAAAAUGGAUGCGGAAUGACAUUGCUGACUCAAAAGAGUCCAAGACAACAUCAUGGUUCAAGCGGUUUAUAGGGCGUGAGCAAAAACCGGAAGUGACCUGGCCAUUUCCUUUUGCAGAGGGUAGAAUGUUUGUCCUUACACUUCGGGCUGGUGUUGAUGGAUACCAUAUUAAUGUUGGCGGUCGCCACAUGACUUCAUUUCCAUACCGGACAGGUUUUACACUUGAAGAUGCUACAGGAUUGGCAGUUAAAGGAAACCUUGAUGUUCAUUCAGUUUUUGCUACAUCUCUUCCUACUUCACACCCAAGUUUCUCACCUCAAAGAGUGCUGGAAAUGUCAGAGACCUGGAAAGCCAGUGCUCUACCUAAACAUGCUAUUAAACUUUUUAUUGGAGUUCUUUCUGCUUCAAAUCACUUUGCAGAACGAAUGGCAGUUCGAAAAACAUGGAUGCAAGAUGCUGCAAUCAAGUCUUCAGAUGUAGUAGUACGAUUCUUUGUUGCAUUGAAUCCAAGGAAGGAAGUCAAUGCAGUGCUGAGGAAGGAGGCUGCUUACUUUGGUGAUAUUGUCAUUUUGCCAUUUAUGGACCGAUACGAGCUUGUUGUUCUUAAAACCAUUGCUAUCUGUGAGUUUGGGGUUCAGAAUGUGACCGCUGCACAUAUCAUGAAAUGCGAUGACGACACUUUUGUACGAGUGGAUACUGUCUUGAAGGAAAUUGAAGCUAUACCCCGGGAAAAGUCCCUUUAUAUGGGAAAUCUCAAUCUCUUGCACCGGCCUCUUAGAAAUGGCAAAUGGGCAGUUACCUUUGAGGAGUGGCCAGAAGCAGUAUAUCCCCCUUAUGCCAACGGUCCUGGAUACGUAAUUUCCAAAGAUAUUGUCAAUUUCAUCAUAUCUCAAUACAAGGAUAGAAAACUGAGGCUCUUUAAAAUGGAGGAUGUAAGCAUGGGAAUGUGGGUUGAGCGAUUCAACCAUACGGUGAGCGCCGUUCAGUACUCGCACAGCUGGAAGUUUUGUCAGUAUGGAUGCAUGGAUGGCUACUUCACUGCACACUACCAAUCACCAAGGCAGAUGGUUUGUUUAUGGGACAAAUUGUCGAGGGGUCGGGCGCGGUGCUGUAACUUCAGAUAAUAACAAUCUGCAACUAUAUCUCCACUUUGAUUUACCAUUGUCUGAAAUUGUUGUGCUUAUUUUUAGUUCACAUAGGUUAGUAUUUGGUGAAAAAAUACAGCGAUGACAGUGUAUCACACAUUCGAUUUGAAUGAAAUAGAAUUUAGCAAAACCUUGA